CAUCUUAUUUGUUGUCUAAUACUUGGACUGGAGCGAAAGGAAAUGGAUCUCCACGAGUAAAAAAGAAUCACCGUGGCCACCGUUCAGUUGUGCGCAUUACGCGUGAAUUGUCAGAACAGCCCUCUCCAUCGUCUGUCAGAGCGCCUGUCAGAGCACCGUGGCUGCCCGUCCGUCCGUUAAUGUGUCCCUCCCACUGAUCUUUUGCAGAUUGUAAUCUUAUCAGUGUCAAACCGUAGAUGCCCUCUCCUCUCGGACAUACCCUGCACGUCUUUGGAUGGCGUUCGUCCCCAAAAUUUGGAUGAAAAACGUUUGUUUUUAAGAAAACUUUUAUCAGCGACCGGAUUAGCUGCAUUUACAUGCGCGUUUGAAUGUGUGAUAAAAUGAACAUUGGUCACUGGUUUUGAAAAUCUCGACCAAAACAAGACAUGGAAUCUAAGUGCAAAGAAAGAAGUCUUUUGUAUCUACUUUUCUUUGCAAUUUGCACAGCCAACGUUUGCUUUUGUGCAAGAAGAUCAAAUGCUCGAAGGUCUGAUCGCCUGAGUCCUCCAUUAGACAUCCAGCUGGAGACAAUCAACUGCACUGCCUUCAGUGUACGAUGGAAGAUGCCCCGGAGACAUGUUAGCACCAUCACUGGAUAUAAGGUUUUCUACACAGAGAUGAAGAAUGGCCGUACAGUAGGGACCGCGUCUAUAAUGGAGGUCCCGCUCAGCUUGGACAUGCUGACUACUGGACAAUUUGAUGGACAAGCAAGCUUUGAUGUGGACAUCAGUAACCUGAAGGUGAACACUAAAUACAGAGUCAGUGUUGGAGCAUAUGGCUGGGCAGGGGAGGGAAGACCCAGCAUGCCCAGAGACAUCAGCACUGCUUCACAGGAAAUGUGCAUGCCUCCUUCACCCCCCUCCCAGCCCACUGUCAUGGCCGUAUCCGACACAGAGCUGGCGCUAUCAUGGCAGCAAGGCGAGAGCGACGGAAGCGCACCUGUUCUUCACUUCCUGGUGGCUUACAUCAGGCCAGAAAUGGACACAGAGUGGACAUAUAUUCGUGAGCCCAUUGAGACUAACUCCAUGGUUCUCAAAGGGUUACUUCCAGAAACAGAGUACCAGUUUGUUGUCAGGGCGGUCAACAAACACGGAGUUAGCCCACCCAGUCCUAUCAACAACCCCGUGCGCACGCUCGCUUCUUAUGGCAGACUUCUGAACGGAGGAGACACUUUUCAGUAUGUGGUGCAGCAGCCUCGGUACAGACUAACAGGUGCAUCAGAUGUUGGCAGCGGUGAUUAUGGGAGUUACAUCACAGAUCCUGGGGUCAAAGAUGAAGAUGGCUUUGACAUUGAUGACUCUGAUUAUGAUAUCUUCAUUGAAGAGUUGAAGCCAUUUCCGGGUAUAAGUCAGGACAACAGGAAGUCCCAACUGCGUUCACACUCCGGUCCCCCAUCUGGUCGAAAUGUUGUUUACCGUAUGAACACCAUGACUCCUCCAAAUGUUACAGUUGCACCAGUUUCCACCACCACAUCAUCCAUCUUUUCAGAGUUUACAGAUCUGCUUUUCCCAGUCACUUCACAGCCCAGUAGCACUCUUGAGACCAAAACUACUGCCCCACUCACCCCUACCAGCAUCCCUUUGUCGACCACCACUUCUACUACGACCACGUCCCCCUGGAAAGGUGAGGUACCUCGUGUGUACGACCUGAGCUGUGAUGAUACUGUGUGUCCGCCCGACAGCUUCUGUCUCACUGAUUACGAAAGCGGCGGUUCGCGCUGCCACUGCAACCUUGGACGAAGAGGGGACACAUGCUCUGAGGCGUUAUCAGUGAAGUUUCCCAGAUUCCAUGGCCACUCUCACAUGACCUUUGAACCCUUAAAAAACUCUUAUCAAACCUUUCAGAUUACUUUGGAGUUUAAGGCAGACUCUGAGGAUGGGUUGCUGCUGUACUGUGGAGAGAAUGAACAUGGCCGUGGAGACUUUACUUCUUUGGCUUUGGUUCGGGGGAAGCUUCAUUACAGGUUUAACUGUGGUACAGGAGCAGCUCAGAUAGUCAGUGAGAGCCGCAUUGUUCUUGGUCAGUGGCACACAGUAACUGUCUUCAGAGAUGGCAUGAGUGGCUGGCUCCGUAUGGACAACGACACACCCAUAUCCGGACGAUCACAGGGUCAGUAUAGUAAGAUCACCUUCCGCUCCCCAUUACAUGUGGGUGGAUCUCCAAGUGCUUACUGGCUGGUCAAAGCGACAGGGACAAAUCGUGGCUUUGUUGGCUGCAUGCAGAGUCUGACCAUCAACAAUAAGGCUACAGACAUCAGGCCCUGGCCCCUGGGCAGAGCUCUGAGUGGAGCUGAUAUAGGUGAGUGCAGUGACAAUGUGUGUGACCUGGUCAGCUGCGCCAAUGGCGGAGUCUGCUUUGCAAAUCGUGCUGAUGGCUACAUCUGCCUGUGCCCACUUGGCUUCAGAGGAGCACUUUGUGAAGAGAGUUUCUCACUGUCCUCGCCACUCUUCAAUGAAACAGUGUUUUCAUAUGCCGUCAUCCCAUGGCCUCAGUCCUCACAGAGUUACCUGUCCUUCACUGAGUUUGAGGUGACGUUUCAGCCGUCAGCCCCUGAUGGAGUGCUGCUGUACAGUGAUGACGCAGGGAGCGGGGACUUCCUUGCUAUAAACCUGGUGGACAGAUAUGUAGAGUUCAGAUUUGACUGUGGCUCUGGAGGAGCUUUCAUAAGGAGUGAGGAGCAGAUCAGUUUGGACUCAUGGCAUGAGCUAAGAGUAUCACGUACAGCAAAGAGUGGCAUCCUCCAGGUGGACAGCCAAAGACCUAUGGAGGGGAUUGCUGAGGGAGCUUUCACUCAGAUCAACUGCAGCUCACCUCUCUAUAUUGGCGGCGUGCCAGAGUACGAUAAAACCAAGAGGACAGCAGGUGUAAUAAAACCCUUCACUGGCAUUAUUCAGAAGCUAAUACUGAAUGAUCGUACCAUCCCCAUAACAACUGCAACUGCUGGUGGAGUUAAUGUAGCCAAUUCUGCACACCCAUGUGUGGAAAGUCCAUGUGCCAAUGGAGGAUCCUGCAGGCCAAAGUGGGAUGGAUAUGAGUGUGACUGCCCUCUAGGGUACGACGGGAGGCAUUGCCAGAAAGAGUGUGGGAAUUACUGUUUGAACACUGUUACUGAAGCCAUAGAGAUUCCACAGUUCAUCGGAAGAAGUUACCUGACCUACGACAACAGAGAUAUCCUUAAAAGAGUAUCUGGGUCCAGAACCAGCCUUUUCAUGCGCUUUAAGAGCACAGCUAAAGACGGGUUGUUGCUCUGGCGAGGAGACAGUCCAAUGAGACCCAACAGUGACUUCCUUUCUAUGGGUCUUCAAGAUGGCGCUCUCAUCUUCAGUUACAACCUGGGCAGUGGUGUAGCCAACAUUGUCAUCAAUGGGACCUUUAGCGAUGGAAAGUGGCACAGAGUCAAAGCUGUGAGAGAUGGCCAGUCAGGAAAGCUGACUGUAGAUGACUACGGGGCAAAGACAGGCAGGGCGCCCGGUAAAAUGAGACAACUUAAUAUCAAUGGACCCUUAUAUGUUGGUGGCAUGAAGGAGAUAGCGCUUCACACAAACAGACAGUACAUUGGAGGCUUGGUGGGCUGUGUGUCCCACUUCACACUGUCCACGGACUAUCACUUAGCGCUGGUGGAGGAGGCUGCUGACGGCAAGAACAUCAACACCUGUUCCAACUAGUGAAUGACUUCGGCAGAUUAAGAUUUUCAGCACUAUUUCCAACCGAACCAUCUGAUUUGUCAUCUUAAAGCUUACAUACCAGCAACAAAUCAGUAAAAACUUAAAUUAUAA